UUCCCAGGGCCAAAUGCUUAUGCGUCCAUGACACAAUGGACUACAGGAUAAUGGCCGCCAAGGUAACGCUAUCUUCUGUCUCCAGUGAAGAGAGACGGAGGUGACAUCACAGCAGCGACACUCUCUUGAAAGUGUGUGAUGUGGCUGUGAGGGGAUCACCAUGUCAGCCAUAUUUAACUUCCAGAGCUUGUUGACGGUGAUUCUGCUGCUGAUUUGCACGUGCGCCUAUCUCCGAGCCAUGGUUCCCAACCUUCUAGACAAAAAUAAAACUGGUGUGCUUGGCAUAUUUUGGAAGUGUGCACGAAUUGGUGAACGGAAAAGUCCAUAUGUUGCCGUAUGCUGUGUUGUGAUGGCUUUCAGUAUACUGUUCAUGCAAUAGUCUCCCAAGGACCUCCUCUUUAAACAUUUAUUUUCUCGUGGAUUCUGUAUCUUCAUGACCAUUGAUAUGUUUAUAAAGAAUUUCUCGUUUGAAGCGCUGAGUGUAUUUGAAAGUUAAAACUGCAUGUUUUGGGACCAAGAUGGUCUUACAGAGGAAUUGGAGAACAUUUUCAGUCCGUGCAUAAUUUAAGUCUUUAUAGUUUUUUUUUUAUUUUAUUUUUUUGUGGGUUGUUUUUUUUUUUCUUUCUUCAAAAUAUUAUUCAGAUCCUUUGAUUUUGAAAGUCAAAUUGUUCUUGUGAAAGAAACCACCUUUUUAGAAAGCCUUAGUAAAUUAUUCAAAAAUUUGCAAAACCUUCUUUUUCAUUUACCGCAGCUGAUUUACUUAAUAAAAUUAAAUUUAUAACCUG